CCGGUGACGCAAGUUCCGCUCCUAGAGAGGAAGUGGCCGUUAUUUAAACCUUUGGGAGGAACCUGAGGGGACGCGCAGCAUCAGGUGCAGUGUUUCCUGUGGCCCCAGCAUGUCGCGUAGAGACAGGCAGUUCAGGGAGGAGCCUUCAGAGAACGCCCUGCCAUUGGUUAGAAAUCACUUCAGACCACAGUCCACAGAGCAUGACCAAUCAUAUGAGCCCCUGGAAGCCUCUGGGCAAUCAGGUGACAGUAUUUUGCUCUCUGAGCACUCACAGGACAAUAUGUCUGUAACUGUCUCAGAAGAGGAGCUGCGUCAUGAGCUGUCUCUGCUGGGUUUCUCCUAUGUUCCCCGCCAGAGGCUUCUGGAAUUCAAGAAAGAUCUAGAACGUCUGAUGAACCAGGGUGGUGUGGCAGCAUCCCCAGAAACCUCUAGGCUGGAAAAUGAGACCAUUGAGGAGACAACCAACACCACUGCGCCCCCGCCUGCGGAAAGCAAUGCCUGGCAUCAUCAGGCCUCAGCCUGGCCCACCACCACCGCAACCUCCAGCACAGAAUGGGGCAAUCAGCAGAGAAGCCAAGACUCCUACACUAAACACACAGUGAGCUUGGGGGGAAACACGCUGCCAACAAAGAAAGCUCCGCAAAUAACACGUAAAGUACUGCGCAGAAAAAGUGACGGACAGACGCACGUAAGCGACGAGUCCUUUCUUUACAGUGAAACUGAGACCGAAGAGGGGGAUUCUGGGAGCUCCAUUGUGGAUUUUCGCUCUGAAUCUUCUGGCCGCUCUUCAGCUAGCUGUAUUAAGUCCUUCAUCCGCCCUCCCCCAUAUUCACUGCUGGAUCAGUACCGGCAGCGCUCAGAUCCCGUCGGUCGGUACCAAGAGUACAAACAAAAGUGGGAUGCCUUACAGGUGGCACUAGAGCGGAGCAGAAAGGAGUUACGCUGGGGGAUCCGGGAGCAAAUGAUGUCUGCACCCCCUCAGCCUGCUCCCCGCUCUGUUCCGCCACCUAACACCUAUGUCAUUCCCACAGACAAGAAAAGGUACGCCCUGCGCUGGGCUGUCCGACAAGACCUGGUGAAUGGGGUGAUGCCCCGGGGAAGCUAUUCCUAGGGGUACCGCCGAGCCUUUGUGUGUGUGUGUCUGUCUGUGUGUGAAGAAAAGAGUGCACUCUUGUGUGUGUCGUUUUUAUAAAUUGUAUUUUAAAUAAAAUCACGAUUUCCUAACA